GGACAAUUCACCAAUGAGCGCCCUUGCGAGGACGGUAUCUAGCGACUGGGCAGAAAGAGAGAGGGGCGAUGGGUUGAUGGGUUAGUCAUCUGGAAUGGGUCCCCGUCCCAAGAGUCUUGUGGAUCUCAUUCAGGAGGAUUUCUCUCGAACGCCGUCGCCAGUGUAUCAUUUGUCUCGAUCGUCAAGGAGAGCCGCAAAUGAUGAGAACGAGGCUGCCAAUGCGGUGCUGGACCUGCAAUUAGCUCAUUUGCGAGAGUCGGCUGCGGGGGAGUCCAUCGCCGUCAUAAGUGGAAUGGGGUCUCGAAAUACGACUCCUGUACAUGGUGUGUCGAAUCUGCACCAAACUUCAGGACCCGCAGCUCCUGUACCAAGAAUACCUACACCUGACAUUCCACUUUCAAGCACUGUCUGUUCGGCCAGCCCAUAUUUGGCCAGGAUGGGUGGUGUAUCAGGACUUCCUGGUGGAAACAUGUCUUUUUCGAGUUCCGAUUCGCGGAGCCCGGUGCUGGGUCGUGCUUGUAGUGCCAGUGCUGCGGAUUUUGCUCAGAUUCCAAUGCAGCUGAAUAAGACAGCCAGAGCAAGCAAUGCGGAUUUCGAAGCAGCUCUCAAAGGGUUGAGCAUGUCCGAUAUCCAUGGAUCUACAGCUGCUCGCGAGGGAAGGGAAUUGCAGCAACGGCAACAACAGCAGCAGCAUCGGCAACGGGCUCAGACAGCUGCUCAUGUGCAGGUCCAAUCUCAAGCAGCCCAAGUGAGCCGCACGGAUCUUUGUCUUUGCUGUUGAGAUUAUGAUUUAGUAGCGUAUCUGGCUGCUGCAGGACAUGUACAGUUGGUGUCUACUAUGUCCAAGUUUUUUCCUAGGUUCAGUUUAUAACCUAGACUUUGAUAUGUGGGUAUAAUAUAUUUAUAUUUAUUUAUAUUUAUUAGUGAACAAACAUAGAAGCAAUGUGAGAAUCUAACAAAUGAGUCAAAACUUGUCUCUAUCUUUUAUCAAUAACACCCAUCAAAAUUAUAGACUAACCAUUGA